AUGAUCUACGACGUAGGAGAGCCUUGCACAACAGAUGCUCAAUGCGAGUGCAAAAACUGCACUUGUGAUGUAGAGGCAGCUCUUUGCAUCCCGCCAGCAGGACCAAAACCAACCCCGCAACCUAAAGCUCCAAAGGCUAAGCCAGGACCGAAGAAUGUUUUCACCAGAGAGGAUUACAACAACGGUGCUGGUAACUACACUCAGAUGAUGUGGCAAUCAACACAUAAGAUUGGAUGUGGAGUGCAGUAUUGCGGUAAUAUGACGUUAGUAGACUGCCAGUACAAGUGGACAGGCAACUAUGUUGAAGGCCUCAUCUAUGAGGUAGGACUGCCGUGCGAAAUGGAUUACGACUGUAUGUGUACAGGAUGUACUUGCGACCGCGAAGCAGCGCUCUGUGUUAUCCCUGAUCAUGGCGCUACAAUACAAACACCAUAUUAA